AUGGGGCCCCGCAGGCACAGGAAGGAAGUUUCUGGCCGAGACAAGAUCGGAAACGUCAGCUUCACGGACUCUGGGACAGGCGACGCGUCCUGCUUGCCGGGGGCCGAGCGACAAGCGCAGAGCCCUUCCCGAGCCAGCAGCUCCCAGGGCGCACCUGUCCUCCCGCGCCUUCUCCGGGCUGCCCGACCCCAAGCUCUGGCGUCCACCGAACCGCCCGUCACCCAUUACCCUGGACACCCCGGCCCCGCAGCGCCCCAGGACAAGCCCAUCCCCCCACCCUUGGGCCAUGGCCGCCAGGCCACACGGGCUGCCCCAGGACCCUUGGCCUCUCCACUGCCCUCAGUCUCUCCAGCACUGCCCAGUCCUUCGCCUUCACAGGCCCCUGCCCCCAGUGCCCCCCAAUUGUCUCUGCUGCCCCCAGCCCCCACAGCCCUGAGACCCCCACCCACUGGAGCUCCCAGCCCCCAUCCCUUGCACACUCUGUCCCCCUCCCCUGCCACUGGCCCCAGAGACCCCCACACCCAGACCACCGCUGCCCUGGACCCUGCAGACCUGGGUCCCCAGCAACCUCACCCCCUCAGACCCGGGCUCCAGGAACCCCUGAGACCCGGAGUCCCCAGCUUCACAGACGCCAGCAUCACCCCCCCUCCAGCCCCCUCCCCGAGACCCAGGGCUUCCCAGACUUCAGCCCCCACCCCACCCGGGGCCUCUAGCCCCAGGGCAUCCCUCGCCCUCUCUCAAACCCUGGACUCCACAGCCUUCAUCCCCGUCCCCAGUUCCGGGGACCCCCGCAGACCCCGAACCACCGGCCCUCGCAGACCUCAAUACACCCAGAGGCUGCGACCCUCAGAGACCCCGAACCCCUACAGUCCCAGAGCCCCUAAGCCCCCAGUCCUCACAGACCCGGACCCCCAAAGACCCCGUGCCCCUGGCCCUCGCAGACUCCGGAGCCCCCGUCCCCCCAGAGCCGCCAGCCCUCACAGACCCCCUCCGCCCGGGACCCCCCGGCCGUCACAGACCCUGGACCCCCAAGCCCCCGUCCCUCCAAAGCACCCGGCCCUCAAGACCUCAAUCCACCCAGAGGCUGAGACCCUCAGAGACCCCAGACCCCAGAGUCCCCGAGCCCCUAAAGUCCCCAGCCCUCACAGACCAGAACCCCCAAAGACCCCGUCCCCGCAGAGCUCCUGGCCCUCGGAGACCCCAGACCCCCGGAACCCCCAACCCUCACAGACCCCGUCCCCACAGCGCCCCCGGCUCUCGCAGACCCUGGACCCCCGAAGCCCCCGUCCCCCCAAUCCCCCAACCCUCGCAGACCCCGGACCCCCGGAGUCCCCGUCCCCCCAGAGCCCCCACUCCUACAGAUCCCGUCCCCCCGGGCCCCGGCUCUCGCAGACCCUGGACCCCCGGAACCCCCGGAACCCCCGUCCCCCCCAAUCCCCCAACCCUCGCAGACACCGGACCCCCGGAGUCUCCGUACCCCGGAGCCCCCGACCCUCGCAGACCCCGGAGCCCCCGUCCCCCCAGAGCCGCCAGCCCUCACAGACCCCGUCCGCCCAGGACCCCCCGGCCGUCACAGACCCUGGACCCCCCCAAGCCCCCGUCCCCCCAAAGCACCCGGCCCUCAAGACCUCAAUCCACCCAGAGGCUGAGACCCUCAGAGACCCCAGACCCCAGAGUCCCCGAGGCCCUAAAGUCCCCAGCCCUCACAGACCAGGACCCCAAAAGACCCCGUCCCCCCGGAGCCCCCGGCCCUCACAGACCCCGUCUCCCCAGAGCCCCCGACCCUCACAGACCCCGGCCCUCCGGAGCCCCCAGCCCUCACAGACCCCAGAGACCCCGGCCCUCUCAGACCCCGGACCCCCGGAGCCCCCGUCCCCCCAGAGCUCCCGGCUCCUACAGAUCCCGUCCCCCCGGAGCCCCCGGCCCUCGCAGACCCCGGACCCCCGGACCCCGAAGACCACGGCCCGCCGGACCCCCCGGCCCGGCUCGCGGAAGAGGGUGGUCGCAGGUCGUCGCUUACCGGCGCGGGGCUCCGCUUGCGCCCCCGGCCGCCGCCGCCCAGGCCCGAGCUCACCGCCGUCCCCCGACGACCCCGGCAGCCGCGGCCUCUCUGCCCGGCGCCGCCACCGUCCGCCGGAGGCGCCCCAGACGCCACCCGCCGUCGCCGCCGCCCGCUCGCCCGCCCGCCCCUGUGACGCAUUUCCGCUUCCGGCGCUCGUGCCCGCGGAAGCGGCCGCGCGGCAGCUCCCCGUUACGCCGGCCGGCCCUGGCCCCGCCCCUUGGGGCGGGACUUCCGGGAGGCCCCGCGUGAGGGCGGGCCGGCCCUGGCUUGGCAGUGCGCGUGCGCGGCUGAGCCAGUACGCUCCGCCCCCCCCUCCCCCCUCCCCCGCCGCCACCUGCCCCCGAGUCCAGCCGGGAGGCCUCACCUGGGGCGGCGCAGCUCCGUCCUCUGCCUGGAGCCGAACAGGGGAGGGGCCCGUGCUUCUGUCUGAAUUUCCAGUAUAA